AAAAACCCUAACCUCCCUGCAACUAAAACCGCCAUUCGAAGCUCUGUUACUCGUUGCCGCCUCAAGAAAAAUUAUGUUGAAAAUAAAAACUCCCAAGAAAGGCAGAGUGAAGCGUGAGCUUGAGAAACGUGCUCCAAAGCUUGUUGAAACUGGGAAGAAGACGCUUUUACUGCAAGGUACAAAGACGAGUAACACUCUAAAUGCUGUAUUAACGGAGCUUUAUCUUCUGAAGAAAGGAAGUGCAGUGAGAUAUACCCGAAAGAAUGAGAACAUUAGACCGUUUGAAAGUGGUGGGGAAACUUCUUUGGAGUUCUUUUCCCUCAAAACUGAUUGCAGCAUCUUCGUUUAUGGUUCAACCUCAAAGAAGCGGCCUGACAAUCUUGUUAUAGGACGAACUUAUGAUCACCACAUCUAUGACCUUGUGGAGGUUGGGGUUGAAAACUUUAAACCCAUGAACUCAUUUACAUUUGAUAAGAAACUAGCUCCGCAGGUGGGGUCAAAACCCUUCGUUUGUUUUAUUGGAGAAGGGUUUGAAAGUGUGGAAGAGCUAAAGCAUUUGAAGGAUGUUUUGGUUGAUCUUUUGCGUGGGGAGGUCAUUGAGAACUUAAAUCUUGCUGGGGUGGACCGUGCUUAUGUAUGUACAGCAUCAUCUUCAAAUAGGGUAUUUUUUACUCACUGUGCCCUGCGGCUAAAAAAGUCGGGUACGAUUGUCCCAAGAAUGGAACUGGUAGAAAUAGGCCCCUCCAUGGAUUUGAUUGUUCGUCGGCAUCGUCUUCCUAAUGAUAGUCUACGUAAAGAAGCCAUGAAAACAGCUAAAGAUCAGCCUAAGAAGAAGGUGAAAAAUGUUAGUCACGAUUCAAUACAAGGAAAGAUCGGAAAGAUUUAUAUUCCCGACCAGAAGCUUGGAGAUAUGGCAUUACCAAACAAAUCAAAAGGAGUAAAAAGAGAGCGUCGUGAGGGAAAAAGGAAAAAUGAUCCUAAUGAGCAUGCAUCAAAAAAGCAGAAGGAAGAUUCUAUGUAAUUCUUUUGACACCAUUGCAAUGUUAACUUUUUAUGCUGUAAUUUUGCCUUAGCCAAUGCAAUUUUAUUUUAAGUCAAAGGGUGAAGUAGAUAUAAGAGGGCAUGAGAUAUUUUUUCAUGCCCAUAAUUUAUAGAUCACUUGCAUAUGAAAUUUAUUCAGGAAAUUUUGUAGCAUGAAUUAUUAUUGAGCAAUUUAGUGGUUUUUUUUU